AUGGUGACACUAUCAGUUAGCUGUCUUUUGACUUUAGCUAGUCUAAUAAUAAUGGGUGCAGGAGUAGAUGCUGAACGAAAAGUUGAAAGAGCUGUAAAACGUCCUUGGUUAGAAGAUCUAAGUCAAAACUCAUUAUCCUGGUCAUAUGGUUUAGCUGCAGUGUCAUUAUUACCAAGCUGGAUUACAGUGAUAAUUUUAGGAUGGUUUGUUUACCCUAAACGAUUUUCCUACGGGUUAUUAGUUCAUUCAGCAUGGAAUUGGCCAACAUUGAAUGAUUUACAAUGUCACUAUCAUCGUAUUGUUGAUCUGUCUGCUCCACAAAUCUUUUCAUCUUCAAAUCCUCAGUCAUCAUGUAAUAUUACAACUAUGUCAAUUGAUUAUCCGCAUUCAUUGCAUUCUCGUACAUUGAUUCAAUCCGGUCGGAAUACUGGAAAUCCGUUGUCUGAUGAAUUGAAUAACAAAAUAUUAUGUAAGCCAACAUUAUUAUCUCACGUAAUGUCACGUAAUAAUCAGUUGGAGUCGGGACAAGAACUACUUAUAAGUAGUUCGCACCACAGCACCACACUAUCAUCAGAUAAUUAUGGCAAAAUGAGCAGUUAUGAUCCACGUUCUGCGGAUACAAUAUCACUUCUAUCCUAUGAUCAACCUCCUUCGAAUUUGUUAUAUAAUCCACAAACUACAAGUAUGAUGAAUGAAUUCAAUUCAGUAAUUUAUUCAAAAGAUGGUAAUCUAACUAUGAAUGAUUAUAAUUCUUCAAUGCACUCCAAAACAAAAUCAAUUCAAUCCAAUUUAUUGGGUUCAUUCCAUAAAUCCACUGUGUCUUCAUCUUUUUUCAAAAAAGAGUCUACAAGUAGACGACAGCAGCAGCAACAACAACAAUGCACCACAAAUUCUGAAUCUCAUUCUCAUUUAAAAUCGACUCUAUCAAAUAAAUCAUUGAAUGGUCAACAGCCAUCAUACACUAAUCCAGACACAUCAAUAUGGACAGAAAGUAAACCGGAUGAAAAAUCAUUUGAACAUGAUUCUAUUAUUCAAAUCGCUCGUCCAAUGAAAAGAACUAGGAAAAAAGUGAAAACCGAUCAGUUUGUGAAGAAACUUAUCAAAUCUGAAAAUUUAUUCAAAUUAUCAUCACCAUUUCCGAAUAUUAAAGCCAAACCAAUGAGUCGAAAAUGAUGUUGUUGAAAAAAAAGGGCAUCAAAAUAAACAAACCGCAACAAAUUAACAUCAUCAUCAUCAUUACAGUAUUGCAUUUAUCAAGCAAGAUUGAG